AUGUCAUCUUCAAAGGAGGAAAAAAUUGAUAAAAAUUUAACGCUCACUUCAACCGAUUUAAACACACUCCUUAAACAAGCUGACAAAACAAACCUUUACAAAUUUUUUCCUCCAAAAAAUUCUAUUCAAAGCGGAAAUAAUGCAAUCGAUAACCUUGUUUUUAAAUUAAAUUUUAUUAGAACGUCUCAAGAGAAUGGAAAUCACUUUAUUAAAAUAUAUGGCAUCACUCAGGACAUCAAUACAAAAGAUUACAUGAUUGUCAUGCAAUACGCGGAACAAGGAAGUCUACGACAAUACUUGAAAAGAAAUUAUAAGAACCUUAAAUGGUAUAAUAAGCUUAAUCUCCUUUCUCGCAUAGCAUCAUCAAUUAGUGAUAUGCAUAAAAUUUUAAUUUUACAUAGAGAUUUACAUCCUGGCAAUAUUUUGAAAGAAAAGGAUGAUGUAUGUUUAAGUGAUACGGGGUUAAACGGAUCAUGUGAUAAUGAUCAAUCUAAUGAGAAUUUGAGUAAAGAAGAACUAAUUAUAAAGAAUGAAUUUGACGUUUCUAAUGAAUUGAUCUCAAACUUACCGGAUGAGAUCAAUGCUUCUAAAUAUCGAGAACCUUACAUAAGCAAAAUAAUCGACUUUACUAAUCUUCCGACUCCUGUUAAUUUAUAG